AACACAAACAAGAAAAUGAGUUUCUUAUUACUAAGUUUCCUCUUCCUUCUCUCUUUAUUCUUCUUUCAAAAGUUUUCACCUUCAAAAAGGAAUCUUCCUCCGGGACCUAUAGGUCUUCCCAUCGUAGGAAACUUGCACCAGCUUGGAAAAUUGCUUUAUAAAUCUCUUCACAAUCUCUCCUUAAAACAUGGACCCGUGAUGCUUCUCCGUUUCGGUGUCGUCCCUGUGGUCGUGUUAUCCUCCAAGGAAGCAGCUAAAGAAGUCCUCAAGACGCAUGAUCUAGAGACUUGUACCCGACCUAAGUUGGCCGGUUUGAAGUUGUUUAGUUACAACUUCAAAGACAUUGGGUUCACUCAGUAUGGUGAGGAAUGGCGAGAGAUUAAAAAGCUUGUUGGACUCGAGCUAUUUAGUCCCAAAAGUCAAAAGGUUUUGAAGUAUCUCAAAGUGGAAGAGAGUGACUUGCUGGUCAAGAAAUUAUCAAACUCUGCUCAAACAGAAACCCUAGUUGAUUUGAAGAAAGCCCUAUUCUCCUUCACCGCCGGGAUCAUAUUUAGACUCGCCUUUGGACAUAACUUCCAUGAGUGCGAGUUCAUAGAUAUGGAGGAAGUAGAAGAGAUGGUGACAGAACUAGAGACCAACGCAGGCGCUUUGGUAUUCACUGACUUCUUACCCACGGGUCUUGGAUGGCUUAUAGACCAGCUUUCCGGUCAGCAUUCAAGGAUGAACAAAGGCUUUUCCAAACUUACAAGUCUCUUCCAACAUGUGAUCGAUGAUCAUUUAAAGGUUUCACAACCUGAGGAAGACUCAGACCUCGUCAGUGCCAUGUUGAAUAUGGUUAAUAAACCCACCAAAACUGGUUCUUUGAAGAUCACUAUCGAUCAUCUCAGAGGAGUCAUGUCAGAUGUAUUUUUGGCGGGAGUGAACGCGGGAGUAAUCACUAUGAUAUGGACAAUGACAGAGCUAAUCAGACAUCCGAGAGUUAUGAAGAAACUCCAAGAAGAGAUACGAACAACACUCGGAUCCAACAAAGAGAGAAUCACAGAAGAAGACCUAGAGAAAGUUGAGUACAUGAAGCUAGUGAUCAAAGAAUCAUUCAGAUUACAUCCACCUGCUCCUCUCUUGCUCCCAAGACAAACAAUGUCGGACAUCAAAAUCCAAGGCUACAACAUUCCUAAGAACACCAUGAUCCAAGUCAGCACUUACGCGAUAGGACGUGAUCCACAAUGUUGGAAGAGCCCUGAAGAGUUCAUUCCCGAGAGGUUUUUAAAUACAUCUAUCAACUACAAAGGUCAGCAUUUUGAGUUCUUGCCCUUUGGAGCUGGUCGUAGGAGCUGUCCCGGGAUGGCCUUGGGAACCACCAUUGUCGAGCUUGGCCUUCUUAACCUUCUUUACUUCUUUGAUUGGAGUUUGCCCGAUGGAAUGAAAAUUGUAGACAUUGACAUGGACGAAGUCGGAUCUUUAAACAUCGCCAAGAAAGUGCCUCUUGAGCUCGUACCAACUCUUUAUCGUUUCUAAACAAUAAUAUAUAUACAAGACCUGAUUUGUAUAUUUUAUAUUUUAUUUCGUUUUUGUUCUACGUUUAUUCUAGAUGGCUUGUAUUUAAAGAAAGUAUAUAUUCAUGUUCAUAAUGCUUAUAUCUUCACUGAAACUUGUACUAUUCUAAAUUUGAAAAUUUCUCCCCUUCCCCCUCCCACAUUGAAUGAUUGAAGUGGUCUUUAAAUUUCAUGUUGCCAUAAUAUCAGAAGUAAAUGGUUAAGUAACAUACGAUCAAUUUAUUACGAGACACUGAUUUCCUCAAAAAGCUCUUGAAAUAAUUUAAAAUUAUUCUACGUCAUUAGAAGUAUGGGUCGUAAUAAAGUGAUGGGUCGUAAUAAAGUGAUCGUAUGUUAACAACUUUUACUUCUGAUAUGUCAACAUGAAACAUGGUUUUGUUUAAAGACAUAACUUGAAUGUUAUAUUAUAUGUUUCUUAUAAAUGGAAGAUCAUAAUGUGAUCCAAACUCUAUGUAGUCAGAGUUUUGAAUCACAUAUAUAUAUGUGAUUAUUCAUUUAUAAGCCCCCACACUAGAUACUUACCAUAAGAGCUAUUCAGCUUGAUUCUUAGCUAAAUAUCAACAGCAGUCCAUGGGAAAAUCAUAUUUAUAUAUUAUAUUAAAAAAACCAAGCCUGGUUUGAGGUUAAAUUUUUUUGGAAUAGUUCAUAUUUCCCAUGGAAUAUUUCAUUUUUAUAUAAUUAUCAAACCUAAUUACUUUCUGGUUACAAACUUACAAGAAUCAGAUCCAUAAGAAAAUGAUAGAUUUGUUUAUUGUCACGUAUUGUAUGUUGUCGGUUUGGUUAGAGAGAGAGCUCUAUAUCUAACCUGUGUUUUUGAGAUAGCACUUUCUCCAGCCACAUACCCAAGAACAUGAUAUGUCUCGGGACGGUUGCCUUAAUUGAUUCAGUUCAUCUGGUAUAAUAAAUAAAACAUUCAUUUAAGU